AAAAAAGCUAAUAAGAUAACAAGGUCUUGGGUUCUCCACCACAAAGCUUGGAGAACCUCUUUUGGACUCGCAACUCUUACCACCAUUUCACACGCAGAGAGGACAAUGGCGUCUCUGCAAAACUCACCUACAAAGACUUUGUUCCUCGACUCUUUACCUCAGUUACAGAAGCAUAGUACGUUGCCUUGUUUCCGAAGAGGUGGCAUUUCAUUUCUGGUCAAGGACGCGCAAGCAGCAACGUCCUCAACAGGGUCUCUUUCUCAAGAAAGACCUGGAAGACGCCAAAUGCUAGCUGUCGGGACAGUGGCCCCUUGGGUUGUCAUCUUCAAUCAAAAUUCCAAAUCGUUUGCUGCAGAAACUAAGAAGGGAUUUCUGCCAGUCACUGAUAAGAAAGAUGGAUAUGAAUUUCUUUAUCCAUUUGGGUGGCAGGAAGUAGUAAUUGAAGGUCAAGACAAGGUUUUUAAAGAUGUUAUUGAGCCAUUAGAAAAUGUAAGUGUGAAUGUGAUCCCAACAAGCAAGCUGGACAUUCGAGACAUUGGGCCACCCCAAGAGAUUGCAGAGACUUUGAUUAAAAGGGUCUUGGCCCCUCCUUCCCAAAAAACAAAGCUAAUCGAAGCAGUACAGCAUGAUGUCGAUGGGAAAGCUUAUUACACAUUUGAGUUCACCGCUCAGGCUCCAAACUACACCCGCCAUGCUCUCAGCACAGUCUCCAUAGGCAAUGGCAAGUUUUACACUUUAACCACAGGGGCCAAUGAGAGGAGGUGGGAGAAGAUGAAAGACAAAUUGCAUACUGUCGUUGAUUCCUUCAAAAUUUUCAAUGUUUGAUGUGGCCGCUCAAUUUUCCUGUAUAAGAUUAGAAGCAUCUACUUUUGAACUGCAAGCACCACUGUGCAUUUGCUCGAGUUGUCCACGAGCCAUUACCAGUCGGUAAUCAUUUCUUUCUGCCUUCUGGCUUUCUUUUAUGGAAUUUCCGGUAAAGACUGUGUCUCAUUCAAUUAACUUAUUAAAGAGCGAGUACCAUGAUGACA